AAUUUCCAUUGAAAGAAGGAAACAGUAGAGACCAGAGCAUGGAUGUUGUCAGAAACUUUAAAAGCUUGUCAUUUGGACAGUUCUGUGGUUUGCAGAUACUUGAAUUUGUCUAUUUGAUGGUCCUAGCUUUUCUCCCGUUCCUGCUGGCAUUCAAGGAGUCCGUUUAUUUAAUGCUGUGUAUUCUUGCUGUUGUCGGAACAGUUGCUUUCGUCAGAUUCUGUUCAUCGCAGCUUGUAAACACUGCAGGAAAAGUUAUUUUAAUAACAGGCUGUGAUUCAGGAUUUGGAAAUGCUUGUGCACGGCAGCUGGUUUCCCAAGGAUUUACAGUUAUAGCAGGUUGCUAUAACAUUGGCUGUGAUGGUGCCCUUGCACUGAAGGAAAUAGUAACUGAUAAUCUACAUAUUGUGAAGCUAGACAUAACAAAUGAGGAGGACGUUCAGAAAGUUGUUAUGAAGAUAAGAAAUCUAAAUCAUGAUAGAGGACUGUGGGCCCUUGUGAACAAUGCAGGUGUGGGUACUUUUGGAGACAUAGAGUUGCUAUCUCUAGAUACAUACAAGGAUGUGUUGAAUGUCAACUUGAUGGGGACACUGAGAGUAACAAAAGCUUGCUUACCACUGAUAAGAGCUGCUAAAGGUCGAGUUGUAACAGUGACUGGGUCAACAGGAAAACUCUCAUUACCUGGUCAGUCAGCAUUAUGUAUUUCGGAUUUUGGCUUGGAGGCAUUUAAUGACGCUCUGCGGCUGGAGAUGCAGCGCUUUCAGGUCAAAGUGAUUACAAUCAGGCCAGGAAAUUUUUUGGGAGCCACAGGAAUGCUGAACAAAUCAGGGCUAGAAAAACUGAGGUUACAUUUUGAUUUGGUGACACAAAGAGCUGACCAGGAAAUUCUUAGAGCUUAUGGGCAGAACUAUUUGAAUAAACAGUAUAAUCAGCUGCAGAAACUAUCCAAGCAAACAGCAGGUAGCCUUAUCAGUGUUGUAGAUGCCGUGGAAGCUGCUGUAAAGAGCAGGCAUCCAAAUACUCAAGUUCUUGUGGAUGGUGGCAAUCAGCUGAUUGACAUUGGAAAUAUACUGGUUCGCCUUCAGCCAUUUCUUCCGUGUUUCCUGCAUGAUUUUCUGGUAGCCAGGCUGUAUAGACCUAACAUUGGUCACACAAAUAACAAAACUUAA